AUGAACUCAUCAACGAAAACGACCACUAUAGCCCUUCCAACUCCGAUCACAACAUCAUUCUCUCUGACAGCCGUUCCCUCGAUUCGGGCGCCUCCCAUCACUGCGACUGUUCGUCCUACUCCUCCCAUCUCAAUCCCGUGUGCUGCUGCAUCCGCUAUCAUUGCAAGCAACAAGAAAAAGUCCUCUCCCUUUUCUGAUGACAACUCCAUCUGGACUAUACCCCCGGUUCCUCCCACGGGUGCAAGUAGUAAUAGUUGCAGCGGCGAUGGCGGCGAUGGUAGCCUUGGUGGAGGUAGUAAUAGUCAAGAUCCGCCUCCUCCAGUUUCACCCACCGCUGAGGAUAAUAGCAACGACUCCUCUUCGCCUCCACCUCCUCCUCCCCCACCUGCCAUAGGAGGAGGACCCUGGUCACCCUCUCUCUUUCGUCCAGUAUCCUCGUCACCAAGUUCAGCUUUUCAUACUCCGCCACCCGUCGUCAAACCUGUCGUGCGGCCUCCACCCUUUCCCAGUCCACAGCUGCCUUGCGUUCUACCGCCACCUCCGUUGGCCUAUCUGACGGAUGUAUCCACACCGAGUGCGUCGACACAGUCCACUACGGUUUCCAAUGUGGAUAGUGAGGCGGUAAUGGCUACAGCUGCUGUUACCACCAACAACACCAAGGAGAUGUUCCCCUCCCCGCCUAUCGCACCAAUAGCUCCUUCUUCGGUAGCUACCAUUUCCCACCAUCCACAGGCCGGAGUUUCACCCAGCGGCAUAAGUCGAUUGAGUAGCGGUAGUGGUGGAAGUGGGAGUGUUCGUGAGGCAGUCCUGUGUAAUUCUUGUGGACAACUUCACGAUCCACAUGCUGCUCAUGUGUACGAUUACAGUGAAACUGUAGAUGCAGAUUUGCUUUGCAGAAUUUGUCGACAACCCUUGGUGGAUCCAAUCGACACAAAGUGUGGUCAUACCUUCUGCACACCCUGCCUGAAGAGUCAUCUUGUAGUACAAGCUCUGUGUCCUGAGGAUAAGCAAAUCAUAAACUACCUUGAAUGUCAGCAAUCUUCCAACCUUGUCAAGCGGCUUCUGGACAAAUUGCUAGUAAUCUGCCCAAAUUCUGAGCACUGCGAUGAGGUGCUCUCUCGAUGUGAUCUCGAAUCACACUUGGCUUAUUGGUGUCGCGGCACCGUAGUGCCCUGCUCUAAUGCCAAAGCAGGCUGCCAGUUUCGUGCUGCCAGGGCCCUCCAAACUGAGCAUCGGCGAGAGUGCCGAUUCCAGCCCCGGACCCCUGGAACCACCACGUCUAGCGGUGGAAGCCCCAUAGUUCGACCUAUCGCCACUAAAUCCGUAGUGCGCUUCGGACCUAUGCCUGUUCGAAGAUUAGCAGUCGAGGCGCCGCUGAUGUCAGCGGGUGUCGUUGGUGGUGCUUUUGAGGAGGGAUCGUCGACCUCUAGUCCACCUGCAGCCCUUAGUGCUUCCAGGGGAGGUGGCAGUGCCGCAGUGAUGUCUGGCCGCUCAGCUUCCCCCAUUCGCGACUGCGAGGUUACAACUAUUGAACUGCCGUGGAAACCGAAUGCCAGUCUCGGGAUUAGCUUUGUUGGUGGAUCGGACACGCCCUUGCUAUGUAUUGUGAUUCAAGAGAUAUAUCUGGAUGGCAUCGUUGCAAUGGAUGGCCGUCUCCGACCCGGCGAUCAAAUCCUUGAGGCCAAUGGGAUGGACCUUACGCAGGCUACCCAUCAUCAGGCCCGUACGGCACUCACGUCACUUGGAAGCGUAGCGGCGCGUUCUUUCGAGCUUACCGUCUAUCGCGAGCGUGCUGCCUCAGAAUGCGGCGGUUCGGGUGGCUCCAGCAGACGUCAUUUCGGCUCUACUCCAGAGAACCCUUUUGAACGCGAGGGUAGGGUGUUCUUCUUCAACGUAUCGACGAAUCUACCCGGAGUAUAUAUUCUGGGUUUGGUACCCGACAGUGAAGCCGAUUUGGACGGUCGAUUGUACAAAGACGAUCGCAUCCUCGAGAUCAAUGGAGUGGACCUAAGAGAAGGAACUCAAGAAGAAGCGGCGAAUAUCAUCCGAACGGCGGAGGAGCGCGUAGCCUUGGUGGUGGCGCGUAUUGUUCGGCCGCAUACACCUGACAUAAUUCGCACCGCAAGUGGCGAGAUAUUUAUGGACUUUGGUGGCGCCAGUGGUGUUGCAAACACAACUGCUCGCUCUCCUGGCACCUCGGUCCCUCCGCCGGUCGCCUGUUCCACUGCCCUUCCUCCUAGCCUCAAGUCACCUUCCACUCGUCUCUGCCGAGAGCAAGAGAUCACAGUGGAAAAGAUGCCAGGUGAAUCUCUGGGCAUGACGGUAGCUGGAGGCGUGGCAAGCCAGCGUGGAGACACGCCGGUUUACAUCACUAACCUUGUGCCUACCGGCGUGCUUGGCCGUGCUGGCCAACUCGCCAAGGGUGAUGUUCUUCUCGCCGUCAACGAGGUCGAACUCCUCGGCCUCUCCCACGAAAAGGCUGUUGAGGCUCUUAAAGCUACUCGGAAGUCUUGCACCAAGGCAAACUUUUACUUGCACACAUAUUUUGAAUAA